AUGACACAGCGCCCGACUGUGUCGAGGCCGCUGACCUCCGAGGCAUUGCGUGUGACCACCAGCAUGCCAUCGACGCCGAACACCACCCAACGGAAGCGCGUUGAUGUGGGGGCAUCCAUACAAAUGCGGAGGAACAGGGCAGUUUCUCCCUUGCGCUCGCUGUUGGUGCCAUCUCGAGAUGUAUACGCCGCCCACGCUGCCAGUUCAGAUCGGAUUCUCGGCAACGGCCCACGCUUCUUCGCGGUGAUGCGGAAGAUUGGUUCCCUCUAUGAGGAGAUGGCGCGGCAGUUGGAAUCUACAGGCUUGUGGGAGAGUGUAUUCGUCAAAGAGGCACGUGACCGUGGCGAGUUGCUUGUGGCCUCUACGGGUCAUCCAUUGAGACUUGAGAAUGUCGCCCUCGUCCUUGGCGAAAAGGUUCCAGCCGAGCGGUUCGUCACAUCGCGUCGGUUUCAACUUAAUAAACUAGCAAAGCACCGCUUGAUAAAUAUAAAUAGCCUAGUGUCAUCGGACCAAAAUGAUGAAACUCUUGUAGUUAACUGUGUAGAGGGCCUACGAUGCAUUACCCUCAAAGGAAGCAUGGUGUCCACACUCCUCGCCUAUUAUUCACAAUCAUGGGAGGAGUUAGGCGUCUACUUACCAAUGACUUUCCGACUGACGCCAAGAAAGCCAAAGAGUGACGAGCGGGGGCUGCUCCUCCGGGUGCUGCGGCACAAGUAUAAUCUCGGCACUCUUUGGAUCGCAAAAAGCUCUUCGGGAUGCCACGGGGAAAAUGUGGAGAUCUUUCGCAACGACGCCACUGGGGUAAAGCGGAUGCUUAACUAUGUGGAUGAACAAAAAGAUUCAUACAUGUGGGUGGUGCAGAUGUAUAUUGACCGCCCUCUUUUGUACCACCGCCGAAAGUUUGACAUUCGGUGCUGGAUACUCCUUUGCGCGGGGCGGUACGAAAUAUAUGUUCAUGAGCAACUGGUGAUGCGUAUGAGUAGCGUAGAGUACAGUACGGAGAGCGCCACAACGAGAACCGUUGAAGGGCGAUUGGCACAUAUAACAAAUCAUUGUGUUCAGGUAGAGGGUGAGGGGUUCUCGGCAUUCGAGGAGGGCAAUGAACUUUGGAGGGAGCACCUCGACUCUGUGGUGCGCUACAAAGGCAAGCGCAUGAGGUCAAAGGGAAUCCAGCAUGAAGGCGCCAACCCGGAAUUAGAGCCGUCGUUGAAGAACACCGUGCUGCCACAAAUUUAUCACAUUGUUGUGGAAACGCUUCUCGCGGCACGGGGAUCCAUUCCCAAUGGAAGGUCUCCGCCAUCCACGCCGUGCUUUCAGAUCUUCGGUUACGACUUUUUGAUUGAUGAGAUGUUGCGGGUUUGGCUCCUGGAGAUAAACGGUGCCCCUGGUGCGGCGGAUCGUCUUCUACCGGCAUUGGUUGCGGACACCAUUGAGAUCGCGUUGACUCCUUUCUUCCCUGACACUACAAAGGCGGCAAUACACCGGAAAGGAAUCACUAAGUCUAACGGGUACGUCAAGGUGCAUCCCUAG